ACGGCGGGGGGGAGUCAAUGCCUGGGAUCACACCUAGCUCAGCUACUCUCUAGCUGUCCCCGAACCUCUCAGCCUCAGCUUUCUUUUCUGUAAAGUGGGCAUUCGGAGGCACAAGUUCAUGGGGCUUUUUGGCGGAUUCAAACGGGUAUGUGUGGAAAGCGGCCAGCACGGCUCCUGAAACAGAAUGGGGGCUCCGAAGCCGGGAGUGUUCUCCCUGUGGGACAUCGGAGGAACCGCCCUCGGGAGGGCCUGUGUGCAGAUGGAGUUCACUGGGCCCCAGAGGCUGGGAGGGGUAGGUAGCCACUCGCUUUGCCCCCAGCUCACCACGCGCAGCGCCAUGGCCAGCGAGGGUCUCGAGGGCGAGCACCCGUCCGUGACGCUCUUCCGUCAGUACCUGCGCAUCCGCACCAUCCAGCCGAACCCCGACUACGGGGCUGCCGUUGCCUUCCUUGAGGAGAGAGCCCGCCAGCUGGGCCUGAGCUGUCAGAAAGUAGAGGUGGCACCGGGCUAUGUUGUGUCCGUGCUGACAUGGCCAGGCACCAACCCCAGACUCUCCUCCGUUUUACUCAACUCCCACACGGAUGUGGUGCCUGUCUUCAAGGAACACUGGAGUCAUGACCCCUUUGAGGCCUUCAAGGAUGCAGAGGGCUACAUCUAUGCCAGGGGCACCCAGGAUAUGAAGUGUGUCAGCAUCCAGUACCUGGAGGCUGUGAGGAGGCUGAAGGCUGAGGGCCACCAUUUCCCCAGAACCAUCCACAUGACCUUUGUGCCAGAUGAGGAGGUUGGGGGUCACCAAGGCAUGGAGCUGUUUGUACAGCGGCCAGAGUUCCAGGCUCUUAGAGCUGGCUUCGCCCUGGAUGAGGGCCUGGCCAACCCCACCGAUGCCUUCACUGUCUUUUAUAGUGAGAGGAGCCCUUGGUGGUUGCGGGUCACAAGCACCGGGAAGCCAGGCCACGGUUCACGCUUUAUCGAGGAUACAGCAGCAGAGAAGCUGCACAAGGUCGUGAGCUCAGUCCUGGCUUUCCGGGAGAAGGAGAGGCAGAGACUGCAGUCAAACCCCCACCUGAAGGCGGGGGCUGUGACCUGCGUGAACCUGACUAAGCUAGAGGGUGGCGUGGCCUACAACGUGGUACCUGCUACUAUGAGCGCCAGCUUUGACUUCCGUGUGGCCCCAGAUGUGGACUUGAAGGCUUUCGAGGAGCAGUUGCAGGGCUGGUGCCAGGCAGCUGGUGAGGGGGUCACCUUCGAGUUUGCUCAGAAGUGGACGGAGUCCCGAGUGACAUCUACUGAUGACUCAGACCCCUGGUGGGCAGCAUUCAGCGGGGUCUUCAAGGACAUGAACCUCACGCUGGAGCCGGAGAUCUUCCCAGCUGCCACCGAUAGCCGCUACCUCCGUGCGGUGGGGGUCCCAGCUCUGGGCUUCUCACCCAUGAACUGCACACCCGUGUUGCUGCACGACCACGAUGAGCGUCUACAUGAGGCUGUGUUCCUCCGUGGGAUUGACAUAUACACACGGUUGCUGCCUGCUCUGGCCAGUGUGCCUGCCCUGCCCAGUGAGAGCUGAAUCCCAGGCUCCCCAACCUCUACCCCUGGAGCGUCCACCCUGACCAGUGUUGAGUAUCCCUCUGCCCAACAAAGAGUCUGUGUGUGGACAGGGGCCAGUUCUGAAGUACUAAGAGAAAGGAUGUUCAUGGAGCAGGAA